GCUUGACAUCUUUGUGUGUGGCGACCAGGUUCGGAAGGGCGCUGCGUUGAAUGCGGUCCAGAUUGCAGAGAUGCUCCUUUGAGCAACAUGUGAUGUGAUUCCGCGUCAACUCUUGGGGAGGAUCGCCCACACCUUGGCCCAUGGUUAUCUUAUGGUCUGCAUUUUCCUCCUUUUGAAAGUCUACGUCAUUUGUGUCCUAGCUUGCACGUCGUCUCGUUAUGACGAUAUAUAUGCUUACAGCUCAACAUUUCUCAUCCAUUACUAAGACUCUAAUUCUCUGGUGUACGUUAGACGACACAAUAUGCCACACACGUCUCUCAAAGAUCACAGCCCCUCUGAACUUGAGGCCACCAUUUUUGGAUUGUGUCAAAGUUGGCACGACAAAAGCCAGAGGGCCAGACGGCCAUGUUACAGAAAAUA